GGACAAGAGCUCGGUGGAUUGGGACCGUCGAUUCCUGAUCGGACGGAACUCAACGGCAUGCCGUUGUGCGCCUAUAGUCUCUUUCCCCAAUCCGUUUCCUCCCAUGGCGGCACAAAUCACAACUCCGAUUCUACCCCUGCUUCCUACCCCGUGCCGUCGCCUGCUCCGGAGCCUUGGGGAGCUAAAGCCGAUGGGGCCUUCUCGCACCAGAUCCCGUCGGCUCGUGGUCGCCUGCGCAGCCUCCGGCGGUGGGCCGCCGGCGGAGAAGCCGCCCCAGGGACCCUCCCUGCCGCCGCUGUCGGAAAUACGUUGGGGGCAGCUGCUGGCGCCGUCCCCGGACAACGCUGCGGCCGUGGCGCUGACGGCCGCGCUGGUCUGGGCCGGCGCAGCUCUGCUGCUGCAGCUGGUACUCAUCUCCGCCUCCAUCUUCGCCGCCGCCCUCAAGUACUCCUUCGUGGCCGCGCUCCUGCUCUUCGUCCUCAUCGCGCUCCUGUGAGUGGCGCGUGCAGUGACUGGGCGCGUGCUCCCUCCUUCUCAUCCGUCCGCGACUCCACCCCUGCACGCGCUUUGCAGAACAUUUCCUAAUUAUUUUAGCUGGAAACAUUUCCUAGUUUUAUUACUUGUGUGUGCUUAGCCCGCCGGACUAAACUGCGUCAAAAUUCCAUUCGCCGCUGUGGCAUCUUGUGUCAUGUGCAACUUGCAAUGAAAUAUAUGUAUAUGUAUACUCAGCAAGGAAUAAGGACUUGUUUUGAAAUGUGAACUCGCUGACAGUUUAGUUCAA